UCUAACUUGACGGCUACAAGAAGCCAGACGACAACAAGAAGCGCACGAGACAUCGCAGACAGCCUCAUUGUGUUGAAAGAUUGACUGAAGUUCUACCAUGCCUGUGGCCUCAGCCAGGACAGAGCCUGUCCCCCAGGUGUUGGACCCUAUGAGUGACACCACUACCAGCUCCACCACGGCCAACGACCUGGACCUCAUCUACCUCAAAGGCAUCAUGGAGAGCCCUCUGGAGCAAGAGGAAAGCCUUAAGGAGCCUCGUCCGUCGCCAGUGAGGGAGAACAAUGUAGAGCUCCUGCAAGAGAUCCUCUGUGACCUGGACCCCUUCAAACACCACUCCGACACCGCAGCUGAGCUCACCCGCAUACUCACACAGCCUCACUUCAAGUCUCUGCUAGAAACUCAUGAUUCAGUGGCGUCCCAGGCAUGCGAUAGCCCACCCCCUAGCCCACGUGAUUUUGUGGAUAAUGAGCAAGAGGAUGGCCACAAACAAAACAUUCCACCAGACGCAGUCCGCAUGGUGGGCAUACGAAAAGUGGCAGGAGAGAACCUGGGUGUGACUUUUAAAGUAGAGGGUGGUGAGCUGAUCAUAGCCCGCAUCCUCCAUGGAGGAAUGAUAGACCAGCAAGGACUGCUGCACGUGGGAGAUAUAAUCAAAGAGGUGAAUGGACGAGAAGUGGGCCGGGAUGCCAGGGUGCUGCAAGAGGAGCUGCAAGCAGCCAGUGUGAGCAUAGUUCUGAAGAUACUGCCCAGCUACCAUGAGCCCAUACUGCCUAGAAAGGUGUUCUUUAAGUGUCACUAUGACUACGACCCGGCCAACGACAACCUGAUUCCCUGUAAGGAAGCAGGCUUAAGGUUUGAGACAGGAGACAUCCUGGAGAUAGUUAACCAGGAUGAUGUCAACUGGUGGCAGGGCCGUCAUGUGGAGGGUGGUAGCACGGGGCUGAUACCGAGUCAGAUGCUGGAGGAGAAGAGGAAAGCGUUUGUCAAGAGAGACGUGGAACUAGCGCCAGCAGGUAAUCUUUGUACUGGUGUCGGAGGGAAAAAGAAGAAGAAAAUGAUGUAUGUGACCACCAAAAACGCAGAGUUUGACAGACAUGAGAUAUUGCUCUACGAGGAGGUGGCCAAGGUCCCACCUUUCAAGAGGAAAACUCUGAUUUUGAUUGGUGCCCAGGGUGUGGGAAGGCGGAGACUGAAGAACAAGCUUCUACUGAGGGACCCACUGCUCUUUGGCACCACCAUUCCAUACACCUCCAGAAAGCCCAAAAAGGAAGAUCGCGAAAGUCGGAUGUACGCCUUCACCAGCCGCAGCAAGAUGGAGUCCGACAUUAAGAACGGGCGCUAUCUCGAACAUGGAGAGUACGACGGCAGCCUGUAUGGCAUCAAGAUCGAGUCCAUUCAUGAGGUGGUGGAGGCAGGACGCAUCUGCAUAUUGGACGUCAACCCUCAGUCCCUCAAAGUGCUGAGGACCUCGGAGUUCUUGCCCUACGUGGUGUUCCUUCAGUCUCCAGAGUUUGAGGUGCUCAAGGCAAUGAACCACUCGGCCGCAGAGGCAGGGGUGGUUCCUAAGGCGCUGACGGAAGAAGAGCUGCAGAGGACGUGCGAUGAGAGCACCAAGAUCCAGGCGGCCUGCGGUCACUACUUUGACCUCAGCAUCAUCAACGACAACUUGGAUGAGACCUACCGCACCGUCAAGGUUGCCCUGGAAACGGUUUCUAAAAACCCCCAGUGGGUCCCCGUCACCUGGGUUUUUUAGGUGGAGUGUGUGGAGGGCAGAGUAGGGAACAUAAGGAAGAAAACAGUGGCACUGGAAAUAUGUCACUUUGUAAUCAAUGGGAGUUCUUAUGAGGCCUGUUGUCUUGCUAAAGUAACUGCCUUGUAGGAAAAUAACAGGAUUUAUUUUUUCAAAGGGUGGGGAUUGGACGUCCGGUAUUCAUACAGGAUUUUAAUUUUCUGUGUAGGGAGGAUAGAAAAUACAAAGAUGAGGUGAAAAAAAAAAGA